AUUUUCUAACAUUAAAUAAAAAAGAUAAACAAAUUAUUAAUUAUGAUUUCAUUGUUGCAAAAGUUGAUUACUCUCGCAUAAUUAUAGACAAUGGAGAUCAUCAUACUUUUUCCGUUCCUAUUUCUACUUUCAUUCAGCGGCGAAAUAAAGGGUUCUAUUUACCGCAAUCUGAAGCAUUUCGAGACGAUCCAUGCGUCUAGUUUCGUCCAUCAUAUAGUGAAGAGGGGUGCUAAACAUUCUAAUCAUCCAUUCAACACUAUAAAGGAGUUACACUUCAAGACCCUGGGCAAAGACUUCAGGCUGAUCCUGCACCCCCACAGCUCAGUCUUGCAUUCGAAUUUCAAAGCUUACACAGUAGAUGGUGAUGGGAAAGAAACUACAGUCCAUGUUGACCGCGACAACUUCUACACGGGGCGAGUGUUCGGGGAGCAGGCCUCCGACGUCAAGCUGCACAUGGAGGACGGAGUCAUCACCGGCAUCAUACAUAUGCCCGAUGAGACUUAUCACAUUGAGCCUGCCUGGCGUCACACACCAGACCUCGGGGACAAGAACAUGAUAACCUACCGCUCUUCGGACAUCCACUUCAGCUGGGCUGAUGCUGAUGGGACUAACUCCACUCCUAAGGCACCAUGUGGAUAUGUAAAAGAGGGGAAAGAACUAGAGGAAAGCGAUGACAGUGAAGAAGACACAGAUAACAUCAAUUUGGAAGCCAUACAUGAACAGUCAGAAAAGGACAAAUACAGGGAAAAUCAAAACAGACAGCCAGAAACAGAUGAUCAGUCUAUGAAUACUGCUGCCAAGAGAAGGACGAAGCGGCAAAGUGACUAUGAAUACACUCCAACAAAGACUAGGUGCCCGUUGUUACUGGUCGCCGAUUACAGGUUCUUUCAGGAAAUGGGAGCUAGUAAUACAAAAACUACUAUUAGUUAUUUGAUAAGCCUGAUUGAUCGCGUUCACAAAAUAUACAACGACACAGUCUGGCAAGAUCGGCAGGACAUGGACGGCUUCAAAGGCAUGGGUUUCGUGAUCAAGAAGAUAUUAGUCCACUCGGAGGCGACGCGCGUGCGCGGGGGCGAGGCGCACUACAACAUGGUGCGGGAGAAGUGGGACGUACGGAACCUGCUCGAGGUAUUCAGCCGCGAGUACUCGCACAAGGACUUCUGCCUGGCGCACCUGUUCACGGACCUCAAGUUCGAGGGCGGCAUCCUCGGGCUGGCCUAUGUGGGCAGCCCCAGACGGAACUCUGUGGGAGGGAUCUGCACGCCAGAAUACUUCAAAAACGGCUACACUCUCUACCUAAACUCUGGUCUCUCAUCCUCUCGCAACCACUACGGACAGCGUGUCAUCACACGAGAGGCAGAUCUGGUCACGGCACACGAGUUCGGCCACAACUGGGGGUCGGAACAUGACCCAGAUGUGGCCGAGUGCUCGCCCCCGGCUAGUCAAGGAGGGUCGUACCUGAUGUACACGUAUAGUGUUAGCGGAUAUGAUGUUAAUAAUAAGCGCUUCUCCCCAUGCAGCCUCCGCUCCAUCCGCAAGGUGCUGCAGGCCAAGUCGGGGCGCUGCUUCUCCGAGCCCGAGGAAUCCUUCUGCGGCAACCUGCGCGUGGAGGGCGGCGAGGAGUGCGACGCGGGCUUGCUGGGCACAGAAGACAAUGACAUGUGCUGCGACAAAAACUGUAAACUAAGGAAGAACCAAGGGGCCGUUUGCAGCGACAAGAACUCGCCAUGCUGCGCCGGUUGCGUGUUCGCGCCGCCAGGGGUCGUGUGUCGCGAGGCGGCGCACACCGCGUGCGAGGGAGAGGCCGUCUGCAGCGGCGCCUCGGCCGACUGCCCCAAGGCGCCGGCGAUAGCGGACGAGCACGAGUGUCUGGAGCGCGGGCGGUGCCGCAACGGCAGCUGCGUGCCCUACUGCGAGACGCAGGGCCUGCACUCCUGCAUGUGCGACAUCGUGGCGGACGCGUGCAAGCGGUGCUGCCGUAAAAGUCUGAACAAGACGUGCUUCCCCGUCGCGCACAACGACAUCCUGCCCGACGGGACACCCUGUAUACAGGGCUUCUGUAAUAAGGGUGUAUGCGAGAAGACGAUACAAGACGUAGUUGAACGGUUCUGGGACAUCAUAGAGGACAUCAACAUCAACAACGUGCUCGGCUUCCUGCGAGACAAUAUUGUAGGCGUGGUGGUGUUGGCGCUGGCUAUUGUGUGGAUACCUGCUAGUUGUGUGAUAAGCUACGUGGACCGGCGGCGUCAGAAGCAGCAAGAGAAAUAUUACCACUGGGAGAACCAACAGGACUUGGUGCAUCCAUCGUCUCCGCGGAAGAUACUGCAUACCAGGUUGCCGAAGCUGAAACCUGGUAUGAAACAAGUCAUUCAAGGGACAAGUCAGCUUUAGUUUUGUAAGAAAUAAUUAU